AUCCUCAAGAGGAAGGUGGAGAAGCGCCAUGUGCCUAACAUCCAGCAGCUCCGUGAUGUCAUUAUGGAGGAGUGGAAGAGGAUCCCAGCAACAAUCUGUGCAGCUCUGGUGAAUUCCAUGCCUAGGAGGAUUAAGGAAGUGCCCUGACCCGUCGAGGCAUGGACUCCACUAGAUCCCUGAAGGUGUGCUGUGGUAUCUGGCACAAAGACGUUAACAGCAGAUCCUUUAAGUCCUAAAAUCUGCACACACUGAGGGUACAAUGGACGCCAUGACCUCCUUUUCUUACAUCUACAUUGUCACCAUCUGUGUGGGCCUCCUCUCUGCAGAAGCUGAGAUCACUGUAUCUGGCCAAGUGGGGUCUACACCUGUCCUGCCGUGUGAACUGCAGAGUGUAGGCACUGAAACACCGCAUAUUAGGUGGAUCACUGAAUAUGAGACUGUGUUUGAGCGAUUUGGUGAGGAGAGCUAUCAGGGUGAGGGAUAUGAGGACCGUGUGGACGUCCCUGAGGAAGAGCUGCAUAAGAGGAGCUGUUUCUUGGUGUUGCACAAUCUGUCACUUACUGAUGCAGGUGUCUGCACGAGCUACCAGACAGUGAGACGCUCCAAGAGCUCUGCCUCUGUCAAGACAAAAAGAGACCUGAUCAGCCGUGUUAAUCUCUCAGUCCAGGGAAAUUUCCACACACUCCUCCAGACAGUAUCAGGGCAUCAUGACCUCCUUUGUUUCCAUUUGCAUCGUAUUAUGGACCAUGUGUGUCAGCCUCCUCUCUGCAGAAGCUGAGAUCACUGUAUCUGGCCAAGUGGGGUCUACAGCUGUCCUGCCGUGUGAACUGCAGAGUGUAGGCACUGAAACACCGCAUAUUUGGUGGAUCACUGAAUCUGAGACUGUGUUUGAGCGAUCGGGUGAGGAGAGCUAUCAGGCUGAGGGAUAUGAGGACCGUGUGGACGUCCCUGAGGAAGAGCUGCGUAAGGGAAACUGUUCCUUGGUGUUGCGCAAUCUGUCACUUACUGAUGCAGGUGUCUACACGAGCUACCAGAUAGUGAGACGCUCCAAGAGAUCUGCCUCUGUCAAGACAAAAGCAGAAGAGAUUAGCCGUGUUAAACUCUCAGUCCAGGAAAAACCUCCUGAAAAGAGAACUGAAAUUACCACAGAUGAUGCAGGAAUGAAGUGUCCUCACCCACCGAUCAUGGUCUUGUCCCUCAUAUCAUGUUUACUCCUCCAGUUCUUCUUUGCGUAAACCUGAGUGUGAAUUAGUGGUGCACAGGACUGUGUCUUUAUGCCUCCAGCACCACGUGGUGGAAGUGUUAUGUUUUUGGGUUGCGUUGUUGCACCUGUCAGUCUGUGUGUUACCUGUCAGAAGGUCAGAGCCAAAGCAUAUAGGGAGGGUCAGACAAAGAUCAGUCCUAAUGACCCCCAUAAAGGGUACAGGAAAGAGAGAAAAAGACCCUGUCCACUUUAGGGUUACGGGAACCCAGCCCUGGAUCCAGGCCACAGGCAAGCGUCUGGUGACUGACGGAUGACGCUCAUCCUGAAAUGCUGAUGUGGAGCCAUUAUGUGGGCUUCAAAAUGAAGGGUGGUGGUCAGUCAGAAAACUUAAAGUUAGUUUU